CGCAUUUGAACAAAAUCCAUGCAUAAGUUGGAUGGCGCAUAAUUCAUACAUUCACUUAAUCCUAAAGGAGCAAUUUUCACAUUCAUUCCUGUUUCUGUCCUGAUUGUCCCCCGUGUCCUGCCUUCCAAUUGGCAGCGGCAGCAUCUAACCUCCUCACGUAUCCUUGAUUUCUUUCAAAGCUACCCCGUUUCUAUUUACAUGGUAUGAGCUACGAAACCUUGUCAAGGCUGCUAUCCAACAUUAAUCCUUGAUCAAGCCCCUGUACUACUCUCCAAUGAACAUCGCGCCUUCUCUUCCCUUCGUAUCGAGAGUUGAUAUAUACAAGAGGCAUAUCAGCAUUCAUGUCGAAACUCUCGGCCUCCUCUCCUUCCUCCUCCACCUUCUCGACCUCCUCCACCUCCUCCUGGUAUACCGACAUUAAACCUCGUUCUCCAAUCUGCCCUAUAUUACAUACUUUCCAUAAGAUCUUCAUUAAUUCAAGAUUUUGGUAAAGUAUAAUCGGAGCGAAAUGGAAGCAAUAUAAUAUACAUCGCCAGAUGUAUAAUAAUUAAGCUUCAGCCUUCUCGUCUUUCGAUUAUCAUUCUUCCGCAUCAAAUAUGGGGAACAGCCAAUCGGCACAGGGCCCAAGACGAGGCAAGAAGUUAUCGAAACCAAAAACCAAGCCCACCGGGCCACCGCUAUCGACCUCCAACAGCCCAAAUCCGAGUCGUCGAAACUCCGUUACUGGAAAGGGGAUUGUAACUGCAGCAGCUUCGGUUCUUCCCCAUGGCACACUGGUUAGUGUUCUUGAGACUGAGUCUCUUGAACAUGUACCAGAGCCAACACCCACGAAGAAGAAGAGAAUGAGUAUAUUCAGGUCAAGGAACUCAAAGAAGGAUAUGGGGAAGUCUCAAUUGGAUGCCAGUGUUGACGUUGUGCCGAGUGUUUCUCCACCAGUAAAUACGGGCAGAUUUACAAGAAGUAAUUCUGUGAAUUCUGAUGCUGUUGAGGCGACAGAGGAAAAGUCAUGGAGUGCUCAAAGUCCUAGACCAACAUUCCACCGUUCACGAAAAUCGCUUCCACAUGUACCGUUUUCAUCAAAUAAUAAUAAUAAUCGCCUUUCCCUCGUAUCAGAAGGCCUCCCUCCGAGACCAGAUUCAAUAAAUAUCGCAACACAUUUGGCUGGACAACAUGUUGGAGAGAUGGAUUGGCAGUUGUCGGACCCAUUCUGCCAGAGAACUCAAUCAGACCCUGCAAUAUAUGCACCUAUUCGUCGAAAAUCUCUUCUUCAACACGGUGUAGCGACAAGACAUAGCGUCAUAUCAAAUCCUCAAUCUUUUCAAAAUCAAAUACCAGUUUCGUACCACAAUGUUGGAAAAUGGUCUGUGGCACCUUUGACAUUAAGAACAAAUGUGGAUAACGAAAAUCACGGUGCACGUACUUCUACUCCUAAUGAUCUUGGCCACAUUGGUUCAUUUCAGCUUGGUUCGCUGAGAAUUACAAAUGGUUCGGCAAGUCCUACGCCUAGUGCCGACGAAAGAAGAGCUAGUCUCCCAUCUAACGAUCAACAUAUUGCUGCUUUGCAAGCAAGCUCCAGAAUUCAAGGUAUUGCCAAUCGAAGCUAUACCAUUUCUGUGCCCGCAGAAGCCAUGAAACGUCCUUGGGCACCAACAUCUCUCUCACAAUCUCCCAUUGAAAAUGAUUCUCACGAUCCUCUUACUAUUAAAAUCCCGAGUACUACAUCUCCACUUAAUUCGCCGUUAUCUCCUACUAACACUCAUUCUUUGACUCUUCCUCCUCAAUUAAGUCCAUUUUCUUUUGUUGCAAGUCCCGUCGGGUCCCCAUUAGAAGCUACGAGCAAGAACACUGCUGUAGAUGAUGAACUAUUCGAGGCUGAAAUGACUACACCUACGCUCGAUUCUUCUUACAGUAAUGAUAAUCGUUCAUUUGACUCUGGCUACGGCCCAUCACCUGCUACACCAGAACAGCAAACUUUAGGCCGGAUCCACAGUCAACAAGACGUUAUCUCAAAACAGCUGGCAACAACUGACAGUGGAUACAACUCAUCUACAUCCAGAAGGAAUUCAACAGCGCGAGUCUCACCGACGAGAAUAUCCCUCAAGACAACAGAAGCGCCACCUCUUGCCAACCAUGCGAUUCCGAUGGUUAGCAUAGAAUCUCAAAAGAUGAGCAGAUUGAGCAAUGUCUCCCUGCCAAGUUCGAGUUAUCAAUCUCAAGUCCAACAGUCAAAGCCCAUGUGUUAUAGACAGAGCAUGCCAGCGGUUCCACGCCAGCCUCAAAAUUUCAGUGCUGGUGACACUUCAAGCUCACAGUGGGGAGUACAGAGACAACGCCCACAAUCUUUCUACCCUGGCGCUCCAAGAUUCACAGCGCAAUCUCGAUCACGGAGUGAGAUGCAUCUACCUUCUGCGUCCUCAUUUCAAAAUAUCGACAGUGUGGAUGAAAUCAUGGAAUACAAAGCAAUGCGAAGGAUUAGUUCGAAAGAGACCAUAACUACCAUAACGUCUCUGGAGCCUGGGGAAGUAGAGUCCACAUAUAAUAGGCUACACAAUGCAAUCCCUCCUAUUCCUUCAUCCAUCCCAGAAGAGGACUACCAUACUGGUUGGAAACCACCAAACGCACGAAGACAUUCGUAUGCUCCAUCAACUCCGUCUACACCCAAGAAUCGAUAUGCACUACAACCGUAUCACGCCCCGACUUCUCUGAAUGCAUAUCCACAGGAGGACCAAACAGAUUUUGAGAACCAUCUCACAUCUUUUGACAAUAUCAAAAAUAGCUUGGGAGGAUCUCCCUAUGAUUUGGCACUUACGGCAAUGGAAAAGACGCCUCCACGAGCUACACCAAGGGGUGCACCUGCUCCUAAGAUGAAGAGUGCGGCUGCGCAACUUCAAUCUACGCACACCAAUUUGAUUCGAUCUCAAUCCGAGGAACCUCCCCUAUCAAGGCCGGAUAUCAAUGGCCGCCAGGACCAGGACUCUUACAAUAAGCUUGUGGGCGGUAACCCGUUUGACCUCAGUAGUACUGGACCAAGCUCAAGAGCUACUUCAUCAAGCUCCACAUUCACUCUUCGGGAUUUACCAUCGCAGAGACGCACGGCCGAGGAGGAUGUGAAGAGGUUAUCUAUAGCAAGAACCAAUAGGGUUAAUAGUCCCCCACCUGUCUCUUUCCAGAAUCAGCGAAAAUCUGUUUCCGUUCCAGUUCCUGCUUCAGGGCAAUUGGCUUUGCCAAAAUUGAGAUCUACACCAGUGGCACAAUCUCCUCUUUCACAGCCAUUAUCACCGGAAACAAUGACUUCCUCAUAUCAAAAAUCAGUCACUCCACCUCCAAGAUCUUUGACCUCUCCCCCCAUCCGAGAGGUACCAAGUCAGGGAUCCAUGGUGUCGGGACAAGAAGUUUGGUUUGAUUCAAAAGAGCAAGUCAUACCUGCUCAACUUCAAAUUGGUCAUGCUGAAAGGCCGUCCAAGAUAAGAUCUCAAAGCGCUAGACCAGCUACACAAUACCAUCGACCUAUCCCUCUUCAUCACUUUAGCUUCGAUGUUCAGGAAAAGUCUGGGAAUAAUUCAAGAGCUGCGAGUCUUUAUAGUGAAAAGGAGUGGGAGAUUCAUGCCGGGGCUUAUGAUCACACCUAUGGCUCUUCUACUAAUCUUCACGAUCUAUCCGGUGAAUUUCUAGCCAGCGAAUAUGAUAAUUCGUCUUUUGAAGAGCCUCAGCUAAUUCCAGAGAUGGGGCGUUCAACGCAGGAUAUGUUAGUACUGGACCGAUAUGCGGGAGGUCUAGGAUAUGGAUUUGAGCCCGGCUACGGUCUAGGCGGGAGUGCGGGAACGAGAAACAGCGGGAUGAUGAAUAAUGGAGGAAGAAAGGGAGUCGACGUGUCCAAGCAGUGGGGGCUGGAUUUUAGUGACGUGCCUGUUGUCAUGCAGAGAGUGCCAGUUGGAGCUGGUAUCUAAACGAGCAACAUACUUUCCGCCUGAUUGGCAUUAGCGGGGAGCAAAUAACACCUCAUACGACACAGCGACACAUAUUUUUAAGUUACCAAGUUUUAACAUUAGAUUGGACCUGGGACGGCAACGAAACAUAAACACGGAACGGCGUUAACUUGGCAUUUAUUACAUUUUCUACGAUUUCUUUUUCUUUUGUAAGAAAAUCCGUUUGGAUCUGGGGCUUCGGGGGGCUUUGGCGGGUUUGGGGGAAACAAUACAUUUGGAUGACGGAUGGAUACCCAGGUUUUUCUUUCUCAUUGCUUUUUUUUUUUUUUUUUUUUUUUUUUUUGGAGGAGGCUACCUUUUCCCAGCACAGUGAGCGUGGAAUCGGUUUGCUUUAUGUCGCAUUGCAUUGCAUUAUUCGGGAAUAGAAGGUGCGCAUGUACCAGGACAUGAUUGAUGGAGGAAAAGGGCCUCGGAAAAGAAGUGAAAAGAAAGAUUGUACAUAUUUGAUCGACAAGGAGUGUAGAUACUUGUAAAUAUUACUGGUCGAGAGACCGGGUUACUAUCAUUGAUAGUAGGUAACGCAAAUAGAUUUGGCGGUGACUUUUA